CGACGUCUCCUCAGCUCGUUCAAGACUCAGGUGUUGUCUGGAUGGACUGAUAUUGCAUGCAGCGCAUUUUCAAAGGAACAUCUGUCUCCAGACCAGCCCUCGACCCCGGCCCAUCCCGUCCUGCCACAAGAAUGAACUCCUCGACCCAUGGCUCCCGUGCCUCCAUCGACAUCCUGGAGGAGCUCCAGCUGAUCGCUGCAGAGAACCUGGAGAAGCUGGACAUCAACAAAUACUAUGAGGUCGUCCGGGAACUGGGCAAGGGCACCUACGGGAAAGUUGACCUGGUCAUCCACAAAAUCAGAGGCACAAAAAUGGCCCUGAAGUUUUUGAGGAAGAAGACCACCAAGCUGAAGAGCUUCCUGCGAGAGUACAGCAUCUCCCUCUACCUGUCACCCUGUCCGUUCAUCAUCAACAUGUAUGGCAUCGCCUUCGAAACGGACGAGUACUACAUCUUCGCUCAGGAGUACGCUCUGGCCGGAGACUUGUUUGACAUCAUCCCUCCACAGGUGGGACUCCCUGAGACGGUGGCUAAGCGCUGUGUGCACCAGGUGGCCAUCGCCCUGGAUUACCUGCACUGUAAGAAGCUGGUCCACAGGGACAUAAAGCCCGAGAACAUCCUCAUCUUUGACAAAGAGUGCAGAAAGGUCAAGCUGUCGGACUUUGGCAUGACACGGCGUGCCGGCUCUCCGGUGAAGCGCGUGAGCGGUACAAUCCCGUACACGGCGCCCGAGCUGUGCGACACCUCGCGGCACGAGGGCUUCUGUGUGGACUACAGCACGGAUGUGUGGGCGUUUGGUGUGUUGCUCUUUUGCAUGCUGACAGGAAACUUCCCCUGGGAGAAGGCCAUGCCGAACGACGCCUUCUACGAGGAGUUUGUCCGCUGGCAGCGUCGCCGGACGGGCACGGUGCCUUCACAGUGGCGCCGCUUCACCGACGAAGCUCUACGAAUGUUUCGCCGGCUCCUCUCCAUCGAGCAGGAGCGUCGCUGCUCCGUCAAAGAAGUCUUCAGCUACUACAACCAGUGCUGGAUGUUGGACACGGAGAACGGGAACAGCAGCAGUGGAGGUUUGGCGAACAGCGCUCCUCCUCUGGACAUCAGCUCGUCGUCGUCUGAAGAAGACGUGUUGGUGGACAGACUGAAGCAACAGAGCCUGUCACCUGCCUGUGUGGUGGCGAAAGGGAGCAUCAUGAUGGACACCAACUACUCCUCCAUGUCCACUAACAGCUCGCCGUCCUCCACCGGCAGCUACGAGCGGGUCAACAGAGAAAACAACGAAAGGGGACGCAUCCUGGUGACCACACCCAUCGAGAUCUGUGUGUAGAGGCCGCUGAUGCUGUUUUACAGGCUACCUGCUCACACGUGAGGCUGGUGUGAGCUGAGGAGGAAGAUUUCUCCGAGUAUGAGAAACAGGAGAAAGGUAGAUGAGGGAAGUGUGCCGACAGGUGUUUGGCGUCGGGGAAACUAUCAACAGUCUGACAUAAGUUGUAGCUUCACUGCGGAUUUAAUCAUUUCUGAUGAAGACGAACUCUGAGGAAAUGACCAGUGAGACAAUCACACGCUGUAGCCUCCUGUAUGUGGUCUAUACUUCAGUUACUGAACCAGUACAAGGCACGAAUUUCUGCAGACACCUGUAAAGAAAAAAAAAAAACUGAAGGGAGAGCAACAAAAACGAACAACAUAAUCCAUAAGCAAUAUGUUCAGAUGUUCUGGAACAACCCAAUCACUGCAAAAAUAAUCUGAAGAAGAAGAGAAGGAUGUGAUUGGCUUUCAGUUAGAUGAUUUGUGCAUAAAAGACUGAUGGUACUAUUGUGUGUUUAUUGUAGUGUACCAUUUUCAUGUUUGGUAGAUAUGUUUUUUGUGAAGUGUGUGUUUUCUUAUUUUUAUUUGGACUUAAAUUAUUUAUUUAUGUCAGAUGCAUAUAUUUAUGAUUUGUUUUAUUGAGUGGCAGAAAUCUGAACCCUGCUUUUUUAUUUUCUCUCUGAGAAAUAGAAUUAAAAUUAAUGAAAAUUUGAAUUGCUUAAAAAAACAAAAAAAAAGAAAAACAGUAGAAGCAGGCCAUUUUGGCUUUCACACAGCUACAUUUUUCUUUAAACUAUUUGUCAUCAUGUUGUUGUUGUUGUGGUCUCUCAUAAAAGUAGAUGUAUGUAGACUGUUUUUCUCUCCCAAAAUGUCCCCCCUUCAUGUUUGAACCCACUGUACAGUAGCAAUCAACAAUACAAGUGGCUGAAAACACCUCGUGGUCAGCAGCAAGUGUUAUUAUUAGGUAUCCUCUUAUUUUUCUAACCAGUCCUCCCAUUAAACUGGGACCAUAACUGAAUACUGCUGCAGCACAGUUAUCAAACACUUUUCUAACCAUUUGUAAGGUGGUGAAUUAACUAAAAAGUAAAUUUCCUUUGUGAUCACGUACAGUCAACUACUUGCAUACCAAAAAUAAUCCUAAUUUUUCUAGUUGCAUGGUUAAUAAAGAACAUGGAAAUUGUAGGCUACCUUUCAUUGAGCAGUUACCUAAUUAUCUAAGAAGUGAUAAAUUUGGACUUCUUUCUGAAAAAUAGGCAAUAUCCUGGAAAGGUCCUAAACAUUUAACAGGCUAUGCCGACUGAAUAGUGACUGAAUAAAAUAUGAAUUCUGUAAAUGGGGAUAUCUAACAUUUUUCUGCCCCCUUAACCUUUUAUUCCAGUUUUUGCCGUAUUAUUCAUUGGAAAGCUAAUGUGAAAUGGGACGGACGAAUGUAGAAAACACAAAAGUCUUUUGGAUUUUGGGGAUUAAAAUGUUUAAGAAAUCUCAGUCUCCUUUUGUGUUUUUCAGAAGUAUUGCAUGAAUAUUAAUGUGGUGAAAAUUUGUUGAAAUAAAUAC